ACUUAUCAGUGGGUGGUGCGGGUGGGUAGUAGGAGUAGGAGGGGGGGUUCGGGUAUUGGGUGAGAUGAGCCUGGGCUGGGUAGGGGGUUGGGCUGUAGUUGGGCCGAGGGCCCAAAAGGCCGGGGAAUGGGUUAGUGAACUGCCAAGGGUUUGGGCCGAUGGGUUGUCGCUGAUUCGGGCCACGUCCACGUCCACGUCCGCGCCCACGCUGUCCCCCGUUGCUGCCUCUGUUCUGACUGCCAUAGGAGCCCCGUCCAGAGCCGUCGCUGGACUGCCGCAGCUGGCCUUCGCCGGCUGUGUGGUUGCCGCUGCCACCGCCGGUGCUAAGGAGGGCAGUCGGCGGCCCGGAGUUGGAGAGGGCGUCGGUUUGCUGCUGUUCCACGAGGAGGAGGGCCGAGCGAACUUCCAGGAACGUCGGGAAAGGAUUUUGAUACUGCAGGAAGUGCACUUGGUCCCGAAUGUCUUGGGGCAAGCCUUGAAGAACCUGGAGAACGAGGGCAUGUUCGGUCACCGGAGCAUCCACAUCGUCAAGGUAGUCUGCCAGAGUUUUGAGGAGAUGACAAUAGUCAUUGAUGGACCGAUUUCCCUUGACGGUUGUUCGGAAACGGUGCUCCAACUGCAUCGCCCGAGCAUGUUUGUUUUCAUGAAAGAGUUUGUGAAUCGCCGUCCAGAGGGCAUGAGCGGAUGGACUGUUGGCGAGGACGAGAUCUGAAACUUCAUCAGAGACCGUGGAUAGGAUCCACCCUUGAAGAAGAGCAUCAAAUUGAAACCAUUCAGUGUCGUCGGAGGAUUUGGCUUUGGUGGUGCCUUCAAGAAAACCCAUGAGAUUGAAGCGGAGGACGAGGAGACGGAAGAGACGACUCCACUUCUUAUAGUUGGGUUCUGAGAUGCUGAGUUGGACAGGGAUAUGAAGCUUGAUGUUGGAGAUUGUGGUGAAGGCAAGGUGGGGAGAUUUGGAGGAGUUGCUGUUGUCGGAGGAGAUGGAAGAAACCUCGGCAAUGGUGGAUUG